AAAUUUGUUCAAGAACAAAUAUGACCCAGCUUUGUUUAUUUUGAGAAAAAUUACACACACAGAGGAACUGAAGAACCAAAGAAAAGUACUCUUUUUGGAUCAAUUUGCUGAUCAUUUGUUAUAAAUUUACAAAUAUAUUUAGAGUAGACUUAUAGUUUGAAGUAUAAAAACUUGGCAGUACAUGGAUCUGUGAAACAGUGAUGUCAUCCAAUGGAAUUCUUUCCUUACACUUUAAUCAGGAUCAUGGUUGUUUUACAGUUUCAACAGAGUCUGGUUUGAGAAUUUACAAUGUUGAACCAUUAACACAAAAGCUCUAUUUGGGCCAUGAACAAGUUGGUAGUGUUGCACAUGUUGAAAUGUUAUAUAGAACAAACCUCCUGGCGAUCAUAGGAGGAGGUAGUCUCCCAAGGUUUGAUGAAAAAGCAGUUUUAAUAUGGGAUGAAUCACAGAAAGAUGUACAGAAGAAAGCAGUCAUGGAUAUCACUUUCUCACAACCUGUUGUUAAUGUUAAAAUGAAAACAGACAGGUUAAUAGUGGUUCUGAGGAACCAAGUUCAUGUGUUUACUUUCCCUAACAAUCCUCAUAAACUGGAUUCUUUUGAUACCAGAGAUAAUCCUAAAGGUCUGUGUGAAGUUAGUUCAUUAGGACAGACCCUAGCAUUUCCUGGACCAAAAUGUGGAAGUGUUCAAAUUGUGAAUCUAGACACAGCCCAGCCAGGUCAGUCUACAGCACCUGUGAUAAUCAGUACCCAUCAGACAGAACUGGCAUGUUUAGCUCUCAAUCAGAGAGGUACUUUAUUGGCAACAGCUUCCAAAAAGGGUACAUUGAUCAGAGUGUUUGAUAUCAAUACCAAGAAGAAGAUAGCUGAGUUCAGGAGAGGAGCUGAUCCUGCCGUAGUAUACUGUAUAAAUUUCAGUCAUGAUUCAGAGUUUCUUUGUGCAUCAAGUGAUAAAGGAACUGUACAUAUAUUUGCUGUUCAAGACAUGGAGCUCAAUAGAAGAUCAACAUUUAAGACGAUGGGUUUUCUGGGGACAUAUGUGGAAUCACAAUGGGGGUUGGCUAACUUCACUGUAGCUGCUGAAUGUGCAUGUAUUUGUGCAUUUGGGCCGAGCCAUUCUGUGAUAGCAAUUUGUGUUGACGGGACAUUUCAUAAAUAUGUGUUCACGACAGGCGGUAAUUGUAACAGAGAGGCUUAUGACAAUUUCCUGGAGAUGGGAGACGAUUUGGAAUAGUCUAUUGUUGUUAAUGCAGUCAGAUUUUAUGUUUAUGAAUAUGUGAUUUGUUAUAUUAAUUUUUCCUAAACUGUUAUUUCUUUAUGUAGAAGAUUGUUAUCUGACUUGUAAUGCUACAUGAGCUAUUGUUAUCACAAUUUUACCCCUUAUAUGAAAUAUAGUUUAGAGGUGUAAAGGUCUAUAGGAAACCUAUCUGUUUGUAAAUUAUAAAAGUUAAAAUUUCUGGUAUUUGAACAACAUAUGAAGAUCAUACAUGUUGAAGGGGGGAUGACUUAACAUCAUUUGAAAGAUAAAGGAGUAGGUUCAGUAAGAUCCCUUUUUGGCCCCAAAAUGUAGCAGUUUUACAAAAUUGUAAAAUUGUAAUCUUUUAGCUAUUUAUUGGAAAGUAGAAUGCUGCUGCUACAUAAGUUCAGGCAGUUUUGACAAUACAAUGCACAUAUAUCAGCUGCUAGCAUCAUUAAGUCAUGCUAAAUUUCUGAAAUCUUCCCAAUUUUGGCAUUUUAGUUAAAUUUUAUACAGUUUCCGUCUUAAACAAAAGUGGUCACAUUCGUGUUCAUUCAUAAUAUUGAAAUGUAAGUUGUAUUUGAUGAUAAUACAUAACAUAUAUAAAGGUUGAGGAUGAACACGGAUGUGGCCACUUUCAUUUUUGACAAAAAACAUCUGCAAAGUUAUGUUUUAUGGCAUAUUUGAUAGAUUUUUCAUAUUUAAGCUUGAAUCAGAGCAUUUUUAAUGACACAAUCAGUUAAAAUGUUUCACAAAAACUAAUCAAAUCAAUUGAAAUAGACACUUAAGUGUUUAAAAAGUGUCCAAAAUCUUCCGUUAGUUGAACUUGAAAUUUGAGGCCAAAAUCGGCCCUAACUCAUGUAACUGGACCUACUCCUUUGAAUGGGAAGUGAUAAUUUUUCAGCUUGGUCAAAGUUCUUUUAUUUAGGGCUUUUCUAUUUAAAUUGAAGUUAAAGGGUAGGAGAUACUUCUAAAGUCUUCCCACAAUCAGCAUACCUUCAGUGAGAAAAUUUGCAUAGUAUUACAUAAAAUUGACACACAACCAUAAAUGACCCACAUCUCAUGUCCAAAAAUAAAAUUUCCCUUCCUACCCUAAAAUAUUUAUAUAAAUGGAAUAGCCAUCAUUAUUACUAUUGUUUCCCAUUUUCCCAGCAAUAUGUUUUCAGUUUGAAUCAGUGUUGAUAUGUAUUCCUUAGUAUUUAUUUUAUACAAAUAAUGAAUUGCUUUAAAGGAAUAAUUUAUUACUUGCAUACAUGUUGCAUUUAAACUUGAGGCUAGUUAUUAUUUGACCUUGAUGAUUGUAUAUUGACCUUUAGAUUAUGUAAUUUGCAUUCAAUAUUUGGUUGCUUUGUCAUUUUUUCAACAAUAUUUAUCUCACAUUUAUUCUCAUC